CCACCUCUUCCCUCCUCCCACUGCUCUCUUCCUCUCAUUCUCUCAUUCUCUGCCACCUGGGUCACUAAGCACUUUCUUUCACUUGCGCAUCGCAUAGAAUGUCCGUGUGCUUUGAUCUGUCUACGGGACACAAUGGACGGCUAUCAUGAUCUCCCUGAAGUACCUCGAUCGGAGCCUUAUUUCCCUCCCUCAUCACAGGAUAUUCCUUCCUCCCCACCCUCAAUAGCCUCCGAUGUUGGCUACCGACGCAAGCCCAGGAAGCCUCCUCCUGUCACUCCGCGCUCAUUCAAGAGGUUCUUCACGCCUCGGUCUAUGCUGAGUAGCGGCAAUAACAACAAUGCGAGCGCAGUCAGGACCAACCGUCAGGCACUGAAAACACUUAGCUCCCCCGCUGUCAAUCGGCUGGGUCCAGCCUUUACGAAGACCUUGAAGGCUAUCGAACACAGAUCCGAGUCCCCCGAACUCGUACGGACCCCCAGCAAGAGACGGAAGCUCUCCUUUUCAUCCAUUGGCUCGCCUCUCCAGUCCUCACCUCUUAAAGAAGUCCAUGUCAGGGAGUCAGUCAAAUAUGAUCAAGAGCAAGCCGCCCCAGUCCGGAAAUUCGAGUUGAAUGUGAGCAGCAUACCGGAGCAUGAAGUCAAGCUCACCACCUUCGCCUCCAAACCUCCUCGACAAGUUCCUCCGGUUCGUCGCUCGCAGGCUUUACAAUCAUCGGGGGCGCUAUACAUGCGCAGUAUUUUGGGGAAUCGCGCAAAUAGAGUUACCAUGCGAGCAAACUCUGGAGCUGGCUGGCAGGAUUUGACCUCAAAUUUCUACUCCCGCUCAAGUGACAGCCACAACUGCGCUAGUGUUGCCGGUGAUCGCUAUGUUCUUCCGUUCUGCACGGCGUCAUGCAACACAAACAGUCUUGUUGCUGUGGGUGACGAGGAGGGUGGUAUUAGAUUGCUGGAUUCUGCCAAGGGCGAUAAGAACGGAUUUUCGCAAGCAUACCUUACCUUCCGUCCGCAUAUGAAUUCGAUAAUGGACUUGGAGUUCUCAUCCGAUGAUUUACUGCUCGCAACGGCUUCGGGCGACCAAACUGCGCUAGUCAUCGACAUGACCACCCAAACACCGAUCUACUGUCUCUCGAACCACGUCUCUUCCGUCAAGCGAGUCCAAUUUCAACCGGCGGCCAACAACAAGGUUCUGGCAACCUGCAGUAGAGAUGGCAAUGUUAACAUCUGGGAUCUUCGAUGCAAAGGGUUUGACAGGCCCUGUUUACAAGUACAGUGCUCGCUUGAAUCCGAGUCAGAGCCAACCACUUCACCCAUCUCCUCCAAAACCACGUUUCCUCAGGUCAUGAACACUAUCCAUGGCGCGCAUGCAUGGAUGCCACAAACCGCUGCGGUCCCCGGCUUGGAACCCCAAGUUCGCCGCUCCGACAUCACCGUGACUUCGCUAGCCUUCCUCCCUGCAGGCCGCGAAAACCUGUUUGUCACUGCUUCUGAGGCCAACGCCUGCGUACGACUGUGGGAUCUCCGCACGACACAUCACAACCGUCGUAACCGACCUGUUCUCCCUCUGUCUACAACCCGGGAACCCGAAAGUCACGCCAAGUACAGACGCUUUGGUCUUACCUCGAUCACACUAGGCGGGGACGGCUCCCGACUUUAUACACUAUGCCGCGACGGCACCGUCUAUACAUAUUCCACAUCCCACCUAAUCCUCGGCAAUGCCCCCGAGCUAUCCCUCAACAACAACCGCCCACGCCGCUCAGGCGGCUCCGACAAGGAAGGUCUCGGCCCUUUGUACGGCUUCCGCCACCCUCGUCUGCAGGUAUCCUCGUUUUACGUCAAAGUUGGAGUCCGUAAAGCUGCCGGCGACAAACCCGAAAUGCUAGCCGUUGGAAGCAGUGAUCGCUGCGCCGUUCUCUUCCCCACAGACGAGAGAUUCCUCUCGAAUGCACCCGCAAGCUCCACCCCGCCAGAAUCGGACUCACUCCCCGCCACUCCAUUCUCCACUCGUUCCGGCCUCCUUCGCCGCACCAACUCAGGGGUCGGCCUAUCUGGCCGACUGGAGGACACUGUUCCUAUCUACCAAUCCGGCACUCCUCUAAUUGAAGGCCACGCCAAAGAAGUCUCUGCCGUAUCUUGGACCGUCGACGGCGAACUCGUCACGGUCAGCGAUGAUUACAGCGCCCGAUGCUGGCGGGAGGGGCCUGAGGCUCGCGAUCUACGCACAAGCGGCGAGACGGAAGGCAAACGCUGGCGCUGCGGGUGGGCGCAAACGCAGGACUCGUAUGACGACGAAGAUGAAUGAUUCCUCUCCUAGUUCUUCUGCUAAAUUCUUUCAGCGCUGUUCUUACUUUCCGAAUUUGCCCUCGGCUCUCGGUUUGUGCAUCCUGUGGCGUUUCGGCCUAUAUCCAUGUCUAUGUUCUUUUUAGCGGGUGUUUUGUUUAUGUUUUGUAUAUUCUCUUCUUGUCCUUAGAGAGCUUGUUUUCAUGGUUGUGUUCAUGGAAGCCUAUUGUUGCAAAGUAGGGAGCAGGGAGUUCUGCUCGGAUAGUCGAGGGGAAGGUACAAUCUACCGGCGAUAGGGAAGCUAUCGAAUAUCAAAGCC